AUGUCAAGCAAGGAAGUGAAGACUGCUCUAAAAAGUGCUAGAGAUGCAAUCAGAAACAAAGAAUACAAAGAAGCUUUGAAACAUUGUAAGACAGUUUUAAAACAAGAGAAAAAUAACUACAAUGCCUGGGUUUUUAUUGGUGUUGCUGCAGCUGAGCUAGAACAACCUGAUCAGGCCCAGGGGGCCUAUAAGAAAGCUGCUGAACUAGAGCCAGACCAGUUAUUAGCAUGGCAGGGAUUAGCAAGUUUAUAUGAGAAAUGUAAUCACAUCAGUGCUAAGGAUGACUUACCUGGUAUCUACCAAAAGCUCCUGGAGCUCUAUGAAAGUGUUGACAAACAAAAGUGGUGUGAUGUCUGUAAGAAACUCGUGGAUCUGUAUUACCAAGAAAAGAAACACGUAGAGGUGGCCCGAACAUGGCACAAAUUGAUAAAGACACGGCAGGAAGAGGGUGCUGACAACCAAGAGCUUCACCAACUGUGGAGGAAAUUGACUCAGUUGCUGGCUGACAGUACUGAAGAUCAGAAUAACGAAACUCAGCAAUUGCUUUUAACAGCUUUUGAGAAUGCAUUGGGCUUAUCAGAUAAAAUUCCUAGUGAAGACCACCAAGUGCUUUACAGACAAUUCAUUCAGUGUCUAAUCAAGUUUCCUCAUGAGAUUUUUAGGUUAAAGAAGGCCUGUGAAGGAAUGAUAAACAUCUAUACCACUGAACAGUAUCCGUUAGAAGUGCUUUGUUUGCAUUUCAUUGAAUCAGGAAGUUUUACUGAUGAAGCACAACAGUAUUGUUUGAGAUUAGUAGAAAUGAAUUCAAGAAGUGGUCCAGGCCUCAUUGGCUUAGGCAUUAAAGCAUUACAAGACAAAAAGUACGAAGAUGCUGUUAAGAACCUAACAGAAGGGUUAAAGGAAAGCCCUCUCUGUAUAGCUGGGUGGUAUCAUCUAGCAGAAGCCCAAGUCAAAAUGCACAGACCUAAGGAAGCUGUCAUUUCAUGCAAUCAAGCUCUGAAGAACAUAGAUAAUCUUGGUGUGCCUGGUGGCAGUCUCCAUCAGAAGAAUCUUUGUCUUCGUUUGAAAGCAGAGGCUUUUAUUAAACUCUCAGAUUAUGAGUCUUCAGAGGAAGCAAUUCGUACUCUUGAUCAGGUUUCUGAUGCAAAUAAUAUCCCAGGACUUUUGGUUUGCAGAAGCUUGGCCUAUUUGAACAAAGGCUUAUUGGAUGAAGCUACAAAGAUUAUGGAAGAUCUUCUCUCUUCUUAUCCUGACCUAGCUGAAGCCCAUGCUCUAAAGGCUUUGAUUCAUUUUACUAAAAAGGACUAUCUACAAGCAGAAAAAUGUUUUCAGAGGGCUCUUGAGAAAAACACUGAAGUUGCUGAAUACCAUUACCAACUUGGCUUAACAUAUUGGUGCAUGGGUGAAGAAACAAGAAAAGAUAAAACAAAGGCUUUUACUCAUUUUCUGAAGGCUGCAAAACUGGAUACAUACAUGGGCAAAGUUUUCUGCUAUUUAGGUCAUUAUUACAGAGAUGUAGUGGGAGAUAAAACCAGAGCCCGUGGGUGUUACAGGAAAGCUUUUGAAUUAGACGACACUGAUGCUGAAUCGGGAGCUGCAGCAGUUGACCUAAGUGUGGAACUUGAAGAAAUGGAAACUGCCUUAGCUAUCCUAACCACAGUAACUCAAAAGGCGAGUGCUGGAACAGCAAAAUGGGCCUGGCUUAGGCGAGGACUAUACUAUUUGAAAGCAGGUCAACAUUCUCAAGCAGUGGCUGAUUUACAGGCAGCAUUAAGGGCAGACCCAAAGGACUUCAAUUGUUGGGAAUCAUUAGGAGAGGCAUACUUAAGCAGAGGUGGCUAUAUGACAGCUUUGAAAUCCUUCAUCAAAGCCAGUGAGCUGAAUCCAGAAUCCAUAUACAGUGUGUUUAAAGUUGCAUCAAUACAGCAAAUCCUAGGCAAAUAUAAGGAGGCUGUAGCUCAGUACCAGCUGAUCAUUAAAAAGAAUGAAGAUUAUGUUCCUGCUUUGAAAGGUCUGGGUGAAUGCCAUCUUAUGAUGGCAAAAGCAGCUCUAGUCGAUUAUCUUGAUGGGAAAGCUAUAGACUACAUAGAAAAAGCACUGGAAUAUUUUACUUGGGCUCUGCAGCAUCAAGCUGAUGUGUCUUGCCUUUGGAAGCUAGUUGGGGAUGCUUGCACCAGUCUGUAUGCUGUCUCACCAUCUAAAGUGAAUGUUAAUGUUUUAGGAGUCCUUCUAGGUCAGAAAGAAGGAAAACAGGUAUUGAAGAAAGAUGAGCUCCUUCAUCUUGGAGGAAGGUGUUAUGGUCGUGCAUUAAAACUGAUGUCUACAUCUAAUACAUGGUGUGAUCUUGGAAUUAAUUAUUAUCAUCAAGCACAGUAUUUAGCUGAAACAGGCAGCAAUAUGAAUGAUCUUAAAGAGUUGCUGGAGAAAUCUUUACAUUGUCUGAAAAAAGCAGUGAGACUGGACAGUAAUAACCACUUAUACUGGAAUGCACUUGGUGUGGUUGCUUGUUACAGUGGUAUUGGAAAUUAUGCCCUUGCUCAGCACUGUUUCAUCAAGUCAAUUCAGUCGGAACAGAUUAAUGCUGUUGCAUGGACCAACUUGGGAGUGUUAUACCUUGCAAAUGAAAACAUUGAGCAAGCUCAUGAAGCUUUCAAAAUGGCUCAGUCUCUUGAUCCAUCUUAUUUAAUGUGCUGGAUUGGACAAGCUCUUAUUGCAGAGAGUGUUGGAAGUUAUGACACAAUGGAUCUCUUCCGGCACACUACGGAACUCAGUAUGCAUACUGAGGGUGCAAUAGGUUAUGCAUACUGGGUCUGUACAACGUUGCAAGAUAAAAGCAACAGGGAAACAGAGUUGUACCGCUACAACAUCCUCCAGAUGAAUGCUAUUCCAGCAGCACAUAUCGUUUUGAGUAAAUACACAGAAAGAAUUCAAGAUUAUGCUCCAGCUUUCACAAUGUUGGGGUACUUAAGUGAACAUUUACUGCUGAAAAAACAAGCAGCAGAAGCAUACCAAAGGGCAGUUUUGUUGUUACAGACUGCAGAAGACCAAGAUUCUUAUAAUGUUACAGUAAGAAAUUAUGGCAGAUUGUUAUGUUCCAUUGGUGAAUAUGAUAAAGCUAUCCAGGCUUUUAAGUCAACACCCCUUGAAGAGUUGGAAGACAUCAUAGGUCUUGCAUUAGCUUUAUUUAUGAAGGGUCUAUAUAAAGAGAGUAGCAAAGCUUAUGAGAGAGCCUUGUCUAUUGUUGAAUCAGAGCAAGACAAAGCACAUAUCUUGACUGCUCUGGCAAUAACGGAGUAUAAACAAGGAAAAAUGGACGUAUCCAAGACGUUGCUCUUUAAAUGUUCUAUCUUAAAGGAACCAACUGCAGAAAGCCUUCAAACCCUUUGUGCUCUAGGAUUGGCAAUGCAUGAUGUUACUCUCUCCAAAGCAGCGCUUAAUGAAUUACUGAAGCACAUCAAACAGAAAGACAGUGAUUAUCAGAGGUGCCUUCUUACUUCAGCUAUUUAUGCACUCCAAGGCCACAGUGUGGCAGUACAGAGACAAGCAUCCAAAGCUGUUCAUAGUAACCCAGCUGACCCUGCUCUUUGGUCUCUGUUGUCCCGAAUGGUUGCUCAGCAUGCUCAGAGAAAUGCAAAGGGAGGUGCUGUAGCAGGAAAUGUAGCUCAUAUACUGGACUCAAAUCAUGGAAAGAAAGCAUUACUGUACACAGCAGCAAAUCAGUUGGCCAUGGGAAGCAGUUCAGCUGAAGAUGAAAAAAAUAUUGCUCUAAAGACCAUUCAGAAGGCAGCUUUCCUUUCUCCAGGUGACCCUGCUGUCUGGGCUGGGGUAAUGGCAGCCUGUCAUGCUGAUGAUAAAUUGGCUCUAGUGAACAAUACUCAGCCAAAGAGGAUGGAUUUAUAUUUGGCACUGUUAUCUACUAUUUCUGCGUCAAUUAAAGGCAAAGAAUUCCCUGAAAAUUACAACAAAUCUCUUGGAAAGUGGUCUCUCUCCCUAACUGUCACUGGUCUAAUAGAAACUGGGAGAAUAUCAGAAGCUGAAGCCCUCUGCACACAGAAUUUAAAAAGUAACCCUGAUCAGCCAGCUGUUAUCUUACUUCUGAGGCAAGUUCAGUGUAAACCACUCCUGGAGUCACAAAAACCUCUCCCAGAUGCUGUUCUUGAAGAGCUGCAAAAAACAGUCAUGUCCAACUCAACAUCUGUUCCUGCUUGGCAGUGGCUGGCACAUGUGUAUCAGUCUCAAGGAAUGAUGAGUGCUGCAGAGAUGUGUUACAGAAAGAGCCUCCAAGUGGCAUCCCAACAGGGCAACUGGAGUGGGAAGUUGUCAAGUCUGUUGAGGCUGGCAUUGCUUGCAUUAGAAGUCUGCAUGGCUAAUAUUUCCAAUGAUCACUGGCCAUCCUUGGUUCGAGAAGCUACAACUGAGGCCUUGAAGCUUUGCUUUUGUCCACUGGCUGUUCUUAUACAAGCUUUGUUGCAAUUCAAUCGCAAAAUUGGGGCAAGAGAGACACGACGACUUUUGGAGAGAGUGGUGUAUCAGCCUGGGUACCCCAAAUCAAUUGUGUCAACUGCUCGUUGGUACCUACUGAGACACUUAUAUGCUAAAGAUGACUACGAACUAAUUGAUGUUCUAGUGAACAAUGCCAAAACUCACGGAGAUACAAGAGCCUUGGAACUGAAUCAGAAAUUGUCCUCUCAGUAA